GCUUCGACGGCAGUUUGCGGGCUCCGGAGACCAUUCCCCGCGGGCAAGAUCCCGCCUAAGGGUUCUCAGAUCGGCGGGCCAGGCAGCCAGGUCACCCAGCAGCCCUGCCGGUCUCCCUGGGGCAUCGGGCCCGCGCUUCCGCUCCGGGCCUCGUCACCGCCGUCCCUCCGCCGGUGACGCCCCCGCAGAGGCUUCGCCGUCGCCGAGGCCUCCUCUCCGCGACUCGUCGCAACCGGCUCCCCCUUCACUGGGUUCCUCCCGCCCACCGCAACCAUUGACGCCAUGUCGAGUUAUUCUAGUGACCGGGACCGCGGCCGGGAUCGAGGAUUUGGUGCACCUCGAUUUGGAGGGAGUAGAACAGGACCCCUCUCUGGAAAGAAGUUUGGAAAUCCUGGGGAGAAGCUAGUUAAAAAGAAGUGGAAUCUUGAUGAGCUGCCCAAAUUUGAGAAGAAUUUUUAUCAGGAACACCCUGAUUUGGCAAGGCGCACCGCACAAGAGGUAGAUACAUACAGAAGAAGCAAGGAAAUUACAGUUAGAGGUCACAACUGUCCAAAACCAGUUCUGAAUUUUUAUGAAGCAAACUUUCCUGCAAAUGUCAUGGAUGUGAUUGCAAGGCAGAACUUCACUGAACCCACUGCUAUUCAAGCUCAGGGCUGGCCAGUUGCUCUAAGUGGAUUGGAUAUGGUUGGAGUAGCUCAGACUGGAUCUGGGAAAACAUUAUCUUAUUUGCUGCCUGCCAUUGUCCACAUAAACCAUCAACCAUUCCUAGAGAGAGGUGAUGGACCUAUCUGCUUGGUGCUGGCACCAACUCGAGAACUGGCGCAGCAGGUGCAGCAAGUCGCUGCUGAAUACUGUAGAGCUUGUCGCUUGAAGUCUACUUGCAUCUAUGGUGGUGCUCCAAAGGGACCACAGAUUCGUGAUUUGGAAAGAGGUGUGGAAAUCUGUAUUGCAACACCUGGAAGGCUGAUUGACUUUUUAGAGUGUGGGAAAACCAAUCUGAGAAGAACAACUUACCUUGUCCUUGAUGAGGCUGACAGGAUGCUUGAUAUGGGGUUUGAACCCCAAAUAAGGAAAAUUGUGGAUCAGAUAAGACCUGAUAGGCAAACCCUAAUGUGGAGUGCAACUUGGCCAAAAGAAGUAAGACAGCUUGCUGAAGAUUUCCUGAAAGACUAUAUUCAUAUCAAUAUUGGUGCCCUGGAACUGAGUGCAAACCAUAACAUUCUUCAGAUUGUGGAUGUGUGUCAUGACGUAGAAAAGGAUGAAAAACUUAUUCGUCUAAUGGAAGAGAUCAUGAGUGAGAAGGAGAAUAAAACCAUUGUUUUUGUUGAAACCAAAAGAAGAUGUGAUGAACUUACCAGAAAAAUGAGGAGAGAUGGGUGGCCUGCCAUGGGCAUCCAUGGUGACAAGAGUCAGCAGGAACGUGACUGGGUUCUAAAUGAAUUCAAACACGGAAAAGCUCCUAUUCUGAUUGCUACCGAUGUGGCCUCCAGAGGGCUAGAUGUGGAAGAUGUGAAAUUUGUCAUCAAUUAUGACUACCCUAACUCCUCAGAGGAUUAUAUUCAUCGAAUUGGAAGAACUGCUCGCAGUACCAAAACAGGCACAGCAUACACUUUCUUUACACCUAAUAACAUAAAGCAAGUGAGCGACCUUAUCUCUGUGCUUCGGGAAGCUAAUCAAGCAAUUAAUCCCAAGCUGCUUCAGUUGGUCGAAGACAGAGGUUCAGGUCGUUCCAGGGGUAGAGGAGGCAUGAAGGAUGAUCGUCGUGACAGAUACUCUGCGGGCAAAAGGGGUGGAUUUAAUACGUUUAGAGACAGGGAAAACUAUGACAGAGGCUACUCUAGUCUGCUUAAGAGAGAUUUUGGGGCUAAAACUCAGAAUGGUGUUUACAGUGCCGCAAAUUACACCAAUGGGAGCUUUGGAAGUAAUUUUGUAUCUGCUGGUAUACAGACCAGUUUUAGGACUGGUAAUCCAACAGGGACUUACCAGAACGGUUAUGAUAGCACUCAGCAAUAUGGAAGUAAUGUUGCAAAUAUGCACAAUGGUAUGAACCAACAGGCAUAUGCAUAUCCUGCUACUGCAGCUGCUGCGCCUAUGAUUGGCUAUCCAAUGCCAACAGGGUAUUCUCAAUAAGACUUUAGAAGUAUAUGUAAAUGUCUGUUUUUCAUAAUUGCUCUUUAUAUUGUGUGUUAUCAGACAAGAUAGUUAUUUAAGAAACAUGGGAAAUGCAGAAAUGACUGCAGUGCAGCAGUAAUUAUGGUGCACUUUUUUCGCUAUUUAAGUUGGAUAUUUCUCUACAUUCCUGAAACAAUUUUUAGGUUUUUUUUGUACUAGAAAAUGCAGGCAGUGUUUUCACAAAAGUAACUGUACAGUGAUUUCAAAUACAAUAAAUGAAGGCAAUGCAUGGCCUUCCAAUAAAAGAUAUUUGAAGACUGAAUAA